UACCCGCCUACAAAAUCACCUUCGCGCCCGCGCUACUCCCAAUCCCACGAUUUACUGCUGCGCACUCAUACACACAGAGUCCACUGCUAGCGAUCCACUACUACCAACUCGCACACCCACUUGCAUACCUCCACUGCGCGAACAUGUCCGGCCACCGCAGAGUCAAAGACAUCGCCUACGAUGACGAUGAUGUCGAUGACUACAGUGACGAAUACGCCGAUGAGGGCGAAGAAGAAAUGACUGAGGAGGACAAGGAGCAAAUGCGCGCCGGAAAGGCCAAGGUCAGGGAAGCUUUGGGAGCCGACUAUACGACCUCCGUCUCGGACAAGGCCAUCGAAGAGUCGCUGUGGCACUACUACUACGACAUCGCAAAGACUGUAACAUAUCUGAAGAACCAGCAUAAGCCGGCGCAGCCUAAGAUGGCCAAGCAGCCCUCGAGAUUCGACCAGGCGGCAGGCGCGGCGGCGAAGGCCCAACCCAAGAAGGGAGGAGGUGAGUACCACGAUUCUUCCUCCCACGCAUCACCCCCCAUCGGCUGUCCCUCUGUUCCGGAAUCCUGCCAUAUUCAGGCCGCAGCCGCGGUGCUUCAAGAAUCUACAAGACAAGUGUCUAAGCCGGAGCAUCAUUCAGACUCGCCAAUCGCUUUUCCGCUCCCCAUGUUCCUACCACCUCGGGAAAUGCCUCGUCCUACGGCAGACUUCUUCAGCGACACGCCUUGGCUCAACGUCCCCUCCCAUCGUCUCGGGUGUAUAUCAGUGGACCCUAUAUAUCCACGCGGGCGCCUUCUGGGAGGGUCUUCCAAGCCCUCAAAACUUGCCGCGCUAGCUGCAGCCCGUAAAAAGAAGCAAGAGGAGGCGAAAGCGAAUUCUGCAGCCCCUGAAGGACAAACCGCCCAGCAACCGGACCGCGCAGUACAGCUACUCGACCGAUUGGGCAACAAGGCAAAGACGGAGGCCAAACCAGCUGAAAACCAAUCUUCCGAAGCUACGACUACAACCAUUUCGGAUAAAACAAAUGGGUCAGAAGCAUUUGCUCCAAAGGCACCAGCCAUACCCCUUCCAAUCCGAAAAAGAAAAGGCUCCAGCCCCAGCCCCCCUCGCGAGGAAAAAAUCGAACCCGCCCCGGAGCCAGAACCAAAGAGGCAGAAGUUCCGAGUUGAAGAUUUGAAGGCUCCGCCAUCUGCUUUUGCCGUAGGCUUCCUGGGACUGAAUGGAUCGGAACAGAGAGGACAGCCAAAGCCGCAGUCUCAGCUCCCGCAACGGUUCUACCCGUGGGGACCGGAAUAUGUGAAAGCUAAAAUAAACCCCUUUGCAGACCCCAGUCCAGAUGAUGUCGUUCUAGCUGCGCAGUCCAAGGCCACCAAAAAGCAAACCCCGGCAGCAAAGGCCGCCGAAAAGGAUAAACCUAACGGCAUAACGAAGGGCGUGUCAGAACUGACUGUCGAAGAAACUCCGCGCAUCAAGCACAAGAACCUGAACGUGCUAGAGGAGUUCGAGAAAUCUACGAUAAAAAAUGCUGCUAAUUUCGUAGUGAUUGGUCACGUUGAUCACGGAAAAAGCACAUUGAUGGGCCGGCUUCUGUACGAUCUGAAGGUCGUCGAUCAGAGAUCCAUCGACAAGCUGCGCAAAGAAGCGCAGAACAUUGGCAAGUCCUCGUUUGCUCUGGCCUGGGUCAUGGACGAGACUUCCGAGGAACGCUCACGCGGCGUCACUGUCGACAUUGCCACAAACUCUUUUGAAACGGAAAAGACGCGCUACACCAUCCUGGACGCACCUGGCCACAAAGACUUUGUGCCGAACAUGAUCGCCGGUGCAAGUCAGGCUGACUUUGCCGUGCUGGUCAUCGAUGCUGGUACCAACAGCUUCGAGUCCGGCCUACGCGGCCAGACGAAAGAACACGCUCUCCUCGCCCGGAGCAUAGGGGUGCAGCGCCUUAUCGUCGCGGUCAACAAGAUGGACUCGGCUUCCUGGUCACAAGAGCGCUUCGAAGAGAUAUCGCAGCAAAUGUCGGCGUUCCUGACCACCGCCGGCUUCCAAACCAAGAACAUUGCCUUCGUGCCCUGUGCCGGCCUUACGGGCGAAAACAUCGUGACGCCCGUGGCCAAGGACCUCGCGCCGUGGUACACGGGCAAGACGCUGGUCGAAGAGCUCGACGCCUCAGAGCCGAGCAAGCGCGCGAUCGAAAAGCCUCUCCGCAUGACAGUCGCGGACAUCUUCCGCGGCGGCGUCACGAACCCGCUAUCCAUCUCCGGCCGGCUCGACGCCGGCAGCCUCCAAGUCGGCGACCACAUUGUGGCGAUGCCGGCAGGCGAGACGGCCUUCAUCAAAGGCAUCGAGGUGGACCACGAGUCCGUCGACUGGGCCGUGGCGGGCCAGAUCGCUACCCUGCACCUCACCGACAUUGACGCGAUACACCUGCGCCUCGGCGACAUAGUAUGCACGCCCUCGGCGCCCAUCAAGAACAUCUCGCGCUUUGAGGCGAAGAUCCUGGCUUUUGAGCACGUGACGCCUAUGCAUGUGGAUGUGCUGCGGGCGCGGCUGAACGUGCCUGCGCGCGUGGCGCAGCUGGUCGCGCUGCUGGAUAAGUCGAGUGGUGAGACGAAGAAGCGUAAGCCUAGGGUUGUGCAGCCGGGGGCUGUGGCUAGGGUUGUGGUCGAGAUGGUUGGCGGCAAGGUGCCGUUGGAGGAGGGCGUCAGGGUCGUGCUGAGGUGUGAGGGGGCGACGGUGGCGGCGGGGUUGGUCGAGAAGGUGGGGUGAGGAGUAGGGGGGAGGAGGACUAGGUGUUGCUGUUGGUGUUGGUAGUGGUGGCGAUUGGAGAUAGGGGAGUGUGUGGCUAGGCUAGCUAGAUGGCUUGCUGGAAUG